AGCCGGUGGCUCGCCCGUUGGGUUUCGAAAUAUGAAAGCGGCCGUAAGUGGCCUCUAGAUACAACCAAAACUCCUGAUGCCUUUCAUCCCAGCCGUCCGAUCAAUCACGUUCUGUUCGACAUUUAAGCAUCUGUAAUGCGCGUAUCGCAUCGUCAGAAGCAGAUCUCUUCGAUGCCACUGCUCUCGAUCAUGUGAUUUCCUGCAUCCUCUUUCUAUCAAAUUCCAAUUACAUUGAUCAGAGAGUGGACUGACGCAUGCACCUUCGCUUGCAUUUGAGGAAUAAUGGCAAGUGAAAACACGAGAUGCGCCAGGAGAAGUGAAGCUAUUCCUACUGCACUCGUUCAUGGCAGCAGCAUGGGUUUUCAGAAGCCACAACCUUUGCAUGGGAGGACAAGUGGCCCUACAAGGCGCUCGACAAAGGGGCAGUGGACUGCUGAAGAGGACACUAUACUGUGCAGAGCUGUCCAACGCUAUAAGGGAAGAAACUGGAAAAAAAUAGCUGAAUGUUUUAAGGACCGAACUGAUGUUCAGUGCCUGCACAGGUGGCAGAAAGUUUUGAACCCUGAACUUGUUAAAGGACCAUGGUCAAAAGAGGAAGAUGAUAAAAUAAUUGAAUUGGUCAGCAAAUAUGGAGCGAAGAAGUGGUCAACCAUUGCACAGGAACUGCCUGGACGCAUUGGAAAACAAUGCCGAGAAAGGUGGCACAAUCACCUUAAUCCUGCCAUAAACAAAGAGGCAUGGACUCAAGAAGAGGAAUUGGCACUAAUUCGAGCUCAUCAAAUUUAUGGGAACAAGUGGGCAGAGUUAACAAAAUUCUUACCAGGAAGGACGGACAAUGCUAUAAAGAAUCAUUGGAAUAGCUCCGUAAAAAAGAAAUUGGCUUCAUACUUGGCAUCAGGUCUGACUGAGUAUCAAGGUCCGCCUAAUUCAGACCUCUCAAACCAAUGCACUAUAUCAUCCUCUGCAAGGAGACAACAGAACAGUGGAGAUAGUGGUUUCAGAGAUGGUGCAGAAGUUGAAGAAUUAUCAGAAUGCAGUCAAGGUUCUGCUCCUGUUAGUUGUUCCCAACCUGAUUCUGAGAUGGGUAAUUUAAUUCCAGCUCAGGUUAGCGAAGAAUUUAAGAUAAGAGCAGAAGAUGUUCAACAGAACGUGCAAAGUUCUCAUUCAUCACUGGGUUCUAAAGAAUUUUAUGCUCCCCUAGAAGAAGCCACAUUUUCCGUGCCAGAAAUGACAUAUGUUGUGUCCGUUCCUCUGAAUUCCUCCAACCACAGUUUGUUACAUGGCGUGGAAAGAUCCAGCAGUAAAGCUUGUCUAUCAGGCACACAUGAAUUGCCUAGUACCAUGUCACCAGAGGUCUUGCAGGAAUCACCAGGUUUACUAGAAACAUCGAAACCGUACGCUUUGGGUGUUGGAGAAAACCAUGAAACAGAAUCUGUUCCAAUACAAGGCUCUAGUGGAUCCCAACUUCCUACUUCUGGGGGGAAUAUCCUUGGUGGCUGUGAUAAACCAUUGGACGAAGUAUUAAUAUCUAACGGUGAUUGUGGGAGAAAAAAACUUCCAGAGGCUGGGGUUCAUAGAGGCCCUUCUUUGGGAAAUCGUGUAGAAGCUUCAAAUAUCAUUGACCUGGAUGGCUGUGCAGGUUCUUUAUUUUGCCAAUCUGACGUACAGUGCUCUGAAAUGGCUAGGAGUUUAGCUUCGUGUUCAUUGAUUUGUCAAUCUGACAUGCAAGGCUCUGAGACGCCCAAACACUCAACUUCAUGUACAUUGAUUUGCGAUAGCUCUGAAAUGACCAGAACUUUGGCUUCAUGUUCACAUCCAUAUUACCCUAUCAAAUCAUCUGAUAUGAUGGAAGCAUCACAGUAUCAGAAUUUGUUCACGGUAGUUUCCCCAUCACUACUUUGUUCAGGUAAUGGUAAACAUAUAUCUAGAAGUGAGAAUACUGAAGGUGGAAACAUAUCAACUGGAACUCAAAACAUGGAGCUCGUUACCUACUCAUAUGAAGGCUUUGUCUAUCCACAUGGUUCUUUUAAUUCUCCCUUCAGAGUGGAUAGGUCUGAGGGCUGCAUGGUUGCAGAGUGGGAUCAAAAGAUGGAACCUCCAAAACCCGUGCCAGUGGAAAUGCUUUGUUCCAUAUCUGCAGAUGCCAAUGAAACCCUUAUAAGCAUGGAUGGAAGCACAGCUGUGCCUAUAGAGCAUCAGGAUUCAGGGGGUCUAUUUUAUGAGCCUCCCCGUUUUCCAAGCUUGGAAAUUCCGUUUGUCAGCUGUGAUCUCAUAUCAUCUGGAAGCGAGGCAUAUAGUCCCCUUGGCAUUCGGCAAUUAAUGAUGUCUUCUAUGAACUGCUCUACUCCUUACAGCUUAUGGGAUUCACCUUCUCAUGAUGGCAGUCCUGAUGCUGUUUUGAAGAGUGCUGCUAAAAGCUUCAUAUGCACUCCUUCAAUUUUAAAGAAACGGCAACGUGAGCUAUUGUCGCCAUUCCAAGAAAGGAAGAGUGACAAGAAGGAUCUUAACCAUGGGUUAUUUUCUACAUCUUCCGCCCUAAAUAUUAGCGACUAUUCAUGCCUGGAUGUUAGAUUUGAUGAAAAUAGAUCUUGUAGAGCCUCUGUAUCUGCUAUGGAUGGUGCACUCUUUUCUCCAUUGCAUUACCUGAAGAAGAAAUCUGUAGCCUCCCCAAGGGAGAAGGAAAAUUUGGAUCAUGCUUCUAGAGACCCAAAAGAUGAAGCAGUGCUUCCAGAUGCCAGGUCCUCAGACAAAGAUUGUGAUAAAAGUAAUCCUGAGGACAGGAUCAAGCAAGGAAUUGAUGGUUUGGAUGCACAUAUGAAGGCUGAUACAGAUGUUACAAUCCAAAGAUUGCAGAAUCCUACUGGAGUCCUUGCUGAACAUGAUUCAAAUGACCUGCUUUUGUUUUCCCCUCCUGAAGAUCGGAAUCCUACAAAUGGAACCUUGAAUAGUGGUGCUAGGACUCUGAGAACUCAACUCUGCAGAAAACUGGAUAUUACGUCAAACCCUGAUGACAUAAAUGGCCAUUCUGAAUCUUCAUCAGGAGAUCCAUGUUUUUCCGGCCUUUUUUCUCCUAAUCUUGGUGAAGGAAAGCAUGACCGCCAUUUGAUCCCUCCAUUACAGGUUACAUAUGAGAAGGCUGGGUCGUCUAACAAUGAUGACAUUGAAAACAUUAGCAGCAUCUUUGCUGACACCCCUAGCAUCAAAAGAGGUAUUGAGUCUCCUUCAGCUUGGAAGUCACCUUGGUUCAUGAAUUCUCUUCUACGAGGACAGAAAUUUGACACAGACAUAUCAUUCGAGGAGAUAGGAUACUUCUUCAGUCCUGGAGAAAGAACCUAUGAUGCGAUUGGGCUGAUGAGGCAGUUAAAUGAACAGUCUGCUGCUGCAUUGGCUGAGGCUCGGGAGGUUCUUGCAAGUGGAGAUACUGGAGCAGCAGAUUCACAUGCAAAUGAAAGAUGCCAUUCUGUUCAAAAUCCAUUGGAAGAGGAUAAUCAGUUCCUAGACAAUGAGGUCGAAAAUCUCAUUUCUUUCCCACCUGGCGCCUUGAUAGAGCGACGUGUUCUUGAUUUCAGUGGUUGUGAGACGCCGGGCAAAGGGGCAGAGGGCAGGAAACCAGAUGGGUUAGGGACUUCAGUAAGCUUUUCAAGCCCAUCGUCCUAUCUGUUAAAAGGUUGCCGGUAGUAGGCUUUGGUCAACUACAGGAAGCUUUUCAAGGGCCCUCCAAUCUAUCAUUUGAAAGGUUAUGAACACUGGAAGGUUGUGCCAUGCUGCAGCAAAACUUCUCAACCGACUCUUCCAAUCCAAUCAGGGGCCGCAGUCUGUAGAUGAUCAUCAUUACCCCACUGCAGCUUCUUGAAUCCGUUCCAUCUUUAAAGGGUUCUCGUUAGCUGGUUCUAAUGUUAACCCCCUUUGUAACUUCUCACGGUCCCCGUUUGGGCCGUCGCUUUCUUCUGGGUAGUAGAGCCUUCAUUUGCAUUUCUUCUGGCAGGUGUGUUGUUCUUCAGUGCUCUGCAUUGACCACAGCCAUCGGCUUCUUCAAGCGACAAUGCCUAUCUGUUGAAGCAAUGCUGCUAGCGUGACUUAUGGUCAACCGACUACGGAGGGUGGCUGUUAGCAGGCUUUUAUGGCUAACCUACUUCUGCUGCAUAUAUCUAUGUAUUUUCUGUUUGCUGUCAAAUUCAUAUGAAAUCAAUUCAUAGCUUGUCUAUUGCUUUUGUAGUCCCUUCUCAAAUCAAAGACAUAAUGUAUGAUUAUCUCUUGAAGAUAAAUGUGUAUUUUACAUUCCUUGCA